UUUAAAUCAGUGGUGUGUGGUAAAAGGCAUGGCCUUGGUCAAUCCAUGGCCUUGCUGCUCCUGUGCUACAAGUAGUGUGCAUACAUAUCCUUUCCAAUUCUGUGCAGGUGAAAAGACCAUUCUUCUGCCCAAGCACAAGAAAUUCAUUCUUAGAACAUCUCCAACGAAUCAACCACAAAUCAUCAGCAGCAGCAGUUCCUCGGAAGAUGCCCCUCCACCCGGAUGCAGCAGAGUCAAAGUGGAGCUAAGAAAACCUUUGGGCAUGAUCCUUGAGGAGGACUCUGCAGGCAACAUUUUCGUGGCCGAAGUUUCACCAGGAGGCAACGCAGAGAAGAGUGGAUUGAGGGAGGAGAAGACAAAAACCGACUCUAUCCGCGAGAUGGAAUCGCGUAAGAAAAAUGUCGACGAGGAGGUCAAAAGCUUACAGGACGAGAUCGCGAAGCGGAAGCUGCAGCUACAGGAUAAAGACAAAGAUUUCAAAUGGCUAGAAACACGGUUACAAGCUGUAGUGAAGACGAACAGGCUCCUACAGGGAAUCUUAGCCAAGCAGGCGGCCUUCAGGAAAAGGGUAAGCGAAGACGGGAAUGAAGACACGGAGUGCGACGUUCAAAAGUGUUUAGAGGUGUCUGCCGAGCAGCUCAACCAAAUGAGCGAGCGACUGGAAUUGAUGAAGGACAAGUUGCUGGAGCGUGAAUCAGAGCUUUUUGCAGCGCGUACGGAGUGCGUGUGACGAUUCAGGGGCUGGAGCAAAACAUGUCCGAGGCCAGAAAGACGCUCGAGACACGGAUCCAACGACUGACGGGUAGAAAUGAAGAGCUGUUCAGGCUGUACAAUGCAAAGGAGAAGGAGAUUGUGGACCUUCAAACGAGGUUCAAACAAGAAUCGGAGCUUCGCCAGAAAAGCGAGACCGAGCUGGAACAGAUGAAAGAGCAAGCUAACGAUCUGAAAGAGGAGCUCAAGGUGCAAGACAUGCAUUGCGUGCUGUUGAGGGAGAAGCUGUGCACGUGAGAAGUGGAGCUCGAGGACCAAGACGUUGAAACGAAAAGGGCCGUGGAGGAUCGUUUCGUGCUGAAGAAGGACGCUGUGAAGCUGCAAGCGCUCGUGGACGAGGCCGCCCAGCGAGUGAUUAGCCUCGAGCACAAGGAAGAGAAGAUAACUUGGCUCCAACGCGGACUGAACGAUCGGGUCCAGGACUGGAGCAAAGUCAAGGAGGAGCUGGUGAGAACGAGAAAGGAGAGGAACUCGAUCAAAAGCGAGGCGGAGCAACUGGGAUGAGAGGCCCUGCGAAUGAGUGCCGAGGUGGAAGUGCUCAAGCAGAGAGUUCAUCUCCUGGAGGAGGGCAUACUUAUGAAGGAAGGGGAGCUGUCCAUAUUGCAGGGGAACAUGGAGGAUUGAUCCACGACAGACAACAGACCAACACUGACACCACACCAAAAGGGAUUUCUAGUUUCUUUUUUUUCUUCAUUUUUCGUUUCUCCUGAUCCGCAAGCGUGAUUUUGGGAUGGCUCUUUGUAACAAUCACGAGUUUGAUGUGUAUUGUACAGAGAAAAAUUAAUGACUUCAUGGUAAUAAGGAUGGCUCUUUGUAACA